ACAAAAUACAAGUAUGAACCUGAAAAGGAGCACGAUAUGGGACCUUUAAACGUGCUAAAUUGUGAAUUCUACUUGGAAAAAGCUGAAAAAAAAGAUGUGUUUAUCAUUUCGGGUGGCAGCUGUGCUUAAAUAUGAACUUGUUCAACAUACAGUGGAUCCACACAGACUGACCGAAGGGAUUCCCAGCAGCCAUACUACACUUGUGUGUGUGGCGCUCUGCACGCUGCGCUGCGGUGAUGAAAGGGUUAACCAAAAGAUGCAAGAAGUGCGUGAGUCUGUCUGAGCAUGAGCUGCUGCUGCUGCUGCUGCUGCUGCAGUGAAGUAAAAUGUGUCAAUUUCCACCGGACAGCAGAGAGACACCGUGGAGGGAGGAAAGAGAACGAGCUGCAGACCUCCACCACCACCACCACCGAGACAUCCUGCACAAUCUCCCCGGGUGAUGUGCUCUAUCCGCCGGCCUGUGUGCUGAGGGAGACACCGCCGCAGAGCUCCAUCUGAAGACCUGCAUCGCAUCAUCACUGAUAGAAAAUUUGAGUGAAAGCAAGAGGAAGGAUGGUUACCAAGGAAACCCCAGAGGCUCCUGUACCUCUGACAGCGCUGUCACGCUGGUACCUCUACGCCAUCCACGGCUACUUCUGUGAGGUCAUGUUCACAGCCGCCUGGGAGUUUGUGGUGAACUGUAACUGGAAAUUCCCUGGAGUGACUAGCGUGUGGGCGCUCUUCAUCUACGGCACCUGUAUCCUCAUCGUGGAGCGGAUGUACCUGAAGCUGCGCGACCGCUGCCCUGUGCUGCUGCGUUGCAUCAUCUACACUUUAUGGACAUACCUGUGGGAGUUCGGCACGGGGCUGCUGCUGCGCCAGUUCAACGCCUGCCCCUGGGACUACUCUGAGUUCCGCUACAACUUCAUGGGACUGAUCACGGCGGAGUACGCUGUACCCUGGUUCUGCGCCUCCUUCAUGGUAGAGCGCUUUGUCAUCCGCAAAACGUUGCGGCUACGAUUCCACAAGGGGCCCGAGGACGGUUGGUCAAACCAUCUGUUGGAUGGUGGGGCGGGAGGAGAUGUGGGUGGUGGGAGGACGAGAGAGAGGAGUAGAGGAAGGGGAGGUGAUGCUAAUGGCUACCUUAAAGUAGAAUGAUGGAAGGAAGAACCAACCCAAUCGCCCUGCUACACCACCUCUACCUUCCUCAGCCACUUCUCAUAAGCAGUCCUCCCCCAUUAACUGCAUGGGGUGAAGACAAACAGACAGCUGUGUAAACUGGGCUGGUGUGCAGAUGUGUACAAAAUAUCAGAACAGCCAGAAAACCAAACUUAACUGAGUCUUCAAAUGCCCAAACCACUCACUGUGCUCUCUACUGUCAACGGAGGCACAGUAACUCCAUGCUGCUGUGUUCGCUGCAUCUCAUAAUGCAUCCCGACCCAUUUCCAUGUGCGGUUAAGGAGAUCACGGUCUUAAAUGACCCUGAUUACACUUUCAAUAUCUCCUGCAAAGAGCUCGGGAUAAAAAAAAACAAAACACUCUUGCAAAGAUUAUUGUUAUCAUCCUGAGAAGGAACAAGUUCAAGAAGAAUAUCUGUUUUUCAAGGGCACAUCA